GGAGCCCGUCCACGCGGCCCAAUUCGGUGUCCUCGCCCUUCGUUUUCGGGAGGUGAAGAAAGGGCGGGCAUCCUCUCACAGAGUAAAGAGCGUGAGCCCUGAGAAGGCAGCGGUAAAAAGAGGAAAGAGAUCACCGAUCAGCUCCCAAAGCAAAAAGCAAGAAAAGAGGGAGGUGGGGGGAAAAAAGGAGAAAAGGGAGCCCCCAAACCCCUCUCAAUUCACGGGUUUAAUUUGGUGCCCACAGCCCCAAAACCCUUCCUUUUUUUUCUCUCUCUCUCUCUCUCUCUCUCUCCCUCUCACUCACAUUAAAUCCAACCUCGACCUCUCUGGAUCCCUCCCCCUUAUCCCUCUAUUAUUGUUGUUGUUACUGCUAUCGCGGAAGGUGGUCAUCAGCGGAGAAGCGUGAUGAUGGACUGCGUAUCGGGUUCGGGCGAGGGGCACCAGAUAAAGGGGGUCCUGACUCAUGGGGCGGGCGGCUACAUCGCAGUACACGUCAGCGGGAAUCUCUUCGAGGUCUCGACCAAAUACGUCCCCCCCAUCCGCCCCGUCGGCAGAGGAGCCUCCGGCAUUGUUUGCGCCGCUCUGAAUUCGCAGACUCGUCGGGAGGUUGCUAUUAAGAAGAUCGGCAAUGCGUUUGAUAAUCGAAUUGAUGCCAAGAGAACUUUAAGAGAAAUUAAGCUGCUCCGUCACAUGGAUCAUGAAAAUGUCAUUGCCAUCAAGGACAUAAUGCGCCCUCCACAGAAGGAAACCUUCAAUGAUGUAUACAUCGUCUACGAGUUAAUGGACACUGAUCUUCACCAAAUUAUACGGUCUAAUCAACCCCUAACUGAUGAUCAUUGCCAGUAUUUCCUAUAUCAGUUGCUGCGAGGGCUAAAGUAUGUACAUUCGGCAAAUGUGUUGCAUCGCGACCUAAAACCCAGUAAUUUGCUUCUGAAUGCAAAUUGUGACCUUAAGAUAGGAGACUUUGGAUUGGCACGGACGACUUCUGAAACAGAUUUCAUGACAGAGUAUGUUGUCACUCGUUGGUACCGUGCACCAGAACUGCUCCUAAAUUGUUCGGAAUACACUGCUGCUAUCGACGUUUGGUCAGUAGGCUGUAUUCUUGGUGAAAUUGGGACCAGGGAACCUUUGUUCCCAGGAAAAGACUAUGUUCAUCAACUAAGGUUGAUAACAGAGCUAAUAGGCUCACCGGACGACUCAAGCCUUGGAUUUCUACGGAGUGAUAAUGCAAGAAGAUAUGUGAGACAACUCCCUCAAUAUCCAAAGCAAAACUUUUCUCUGAGAUUUCCAAACAUGUCUCCCCGAGCUGUUGACCUCCUAGAGAAAAUGCUUGUUUUUGAUCCAAACAAGCGAAUCACAGUUGAUGAGGCUCUUUGUCACCCAUAUCUUGCAUCUCUUCAUGACAUAAACGACGAACCAGUCUGCCCACGACCUUUCAGUUUUGAUUUUGAGCAACCAUCCAUCACUGAAGAAAAUAUCAAAGAGCUCAUCUGGAAGGAGUCCUUGAAGUUCAAUCCAGAUCCAGCACACUGAGAAAAACUGAAGGUCAAUCAGUUACCAAGAGUAAUAUUUGGAUGCAAUCUUUCGACAUAUGAUUUUGUGCAAGAUUUGGCUUUGCACUGUAUAUGCUUUUGAGACAUGUUGCGGACGCUUCAUAUUUCAUCUAAACGCUUGAAGAAAUAUAUAAAGAGCACCAACAAGAAGGAGCUUAGACCGCUUUAGUGGCCCUUUCCGUUAUGAAGAUGAUGAUUGUAUGAAGGUGCUGAAGUUACAGUGUGACUUUUGUAAAAUAAAUUUGUGAAUCUGAAGAAUUUAUGGAUACUAUCUAUUUGAGCAUUGGCUCUGUAAGCUCUGUAUAUUUGCAUUGGUGUGGCUUAGGUGUCUUCUGUAGGAAUAAGAAAACAUCGUUAUGUAAAGACCUGAUAUGGAUAUGAAGUAUUCUUGCAAUAUAAUGCUUUAUGCUGGCUGUUCUGCUAU